UGAGACCAGGAUCCAUAUGCACAGUUACCAGCAGAGAACUAUGAAAGAACAGUUAUAGACAGUUAAUUUAUGUAAAGAUUUCGAUGGCAUUUGACUGGUAAACAAUGUAAUCAAGAGGGGAGAUUAUCCAAUCAAGGAUUGUCAGAAACACAUGGCAAGCAACUUGCAAUUUGUUUUUUGAGGCGCACCAUGGCAGCUCGCUCAAGCUACAAUGAAGAGAGGAACCUCCUUCGCAUCCGAGAGCGGGAGCGGCGGAAUCAGGGAACCUUCCAGGAGAAGGAGUUCUACCAGGAGACCGUUCCCCUGUUUGGGGAACCCUAUAAGACGAACAAAGGAGAUGAGCUGUCCAGCCGUAUCCAGAGGAUGCUGGGUAGUUAUGAAGACGUGAACAAUCCCAACACUCACCAGUGUUUGGACAGCAGCUUCUCUAAGGACCCUCAAUCUCACGUCGCCACAAAGUAUGGGCGGCCAUCUCGCAGCCGAGAGCGAGCGAAGCCUCCAUUCCAGAACCCUCCUCAGUACGGGGCGAGCCAGAGCCAGAGUGGUGGUCCGUCCCGUGGUAGCCACUCUGGCCAGCCUCUGAAGAAGAUCCAGGGUCCUUCCUCCUCCUACACCCAGUCCUCCCUGGAUCUCAGCCAGGGCCAGGCCUGCCCAGACCCACACCAGAGAAAGACUGAGCUCUGGCCAGACCUGAGGGAGUGUGCCAGUCUUCCUCCGGUGCUCUCCGCCCUGUCCCCCCCAACUGAGCCCCUAUCCCCCCUACAUUCCAGUGACCCCAGCGGAUCUGAACACCAGGACUCCCCCCUGCACCCUGAGAGGCACCCGACCUCUCCCCAACACCCCGACUCGCACUUCCCCAUGGUGUCCCCCCUGGAUGACCCCCAGAGAGACAUCCCGCCUCCGGCCAUCGAUGGGACUACCCUGCCCUCUCAGACCUUCCCUCCACCGCUGGCCUCCAAACCCAACCUGGUUAUGCCUCAGAAGCCCACAGCCUACGUCCGGCCCAUGGACGGGCAAGACCAGGUGACCAGCGAGUCUCCGGACCUCAAGCCUUCUCCAGAAGACUUCCAUGGGCAGUCUUAUCAUGAACCCUUACCAGACUUGAAAAGCACCAAGCCCAGCCUUUCCAAACUGAAGAUACCAUCACAGUCUAUAGAGUGUUGUGCUGCCUUCCAGACUCCGUCAAAUGAAGCUGACUGUGUGGAAGACAUUCUGAGGGAAAUGACCCACUCCUGGCCUCCUCUCCUGACUGCCAUCCAGACACCCAGCACAGUCGAGCCCUCCAAGUUCUCCUUCCCAGCCAAGGAAGCACAGCAUGUCCCACCUGCAUCUCCAGUACAAAAACACUAUGGAUCACCUCCACUAGCCCCGCCCUCCAUCUGUCAACAGAGCUCAUGUACGGUUACAGCAGCACAUUCCAGUGGGGUGGAGUCAGCCAGCUCCAGUGACUCUGAGAGCAGCUCGGGGUCUGAGUCAGGCAGUGAGAGCAGUGAGAGUGGGACAGAGGCCCCCCCACAGCCCCUCAGGAGUAGCAGCCCACCUGUGACAAAGACGGAGGGCCCCGUGGUAACUAACUGGCAGUUGAACAACUGGAUCCGAGUGAGCCAGCAGAACCCCAGCACAGAGAGCCAGAGUGACGCUCUACUGAGCCCUCUACCCAAACAGCAGCAGAGCCAUGAGGAGGAGACCAUUCCUCCCAGGGACUACAAAUCCCACACACCCCCACAUCGCCCAGAGUUCAGUGACGGUGAAGCCAAACCUCAACGCAGUGAAGGCGCUGCCCACAACCAGCAUGUCCAACACAAGUCCCCGGUCGUCUCGCACGUUGGGAACAGCAGCAGCAACCAGAGAAAGACAGUGGGGAACAAACACCCCUCCAGACCAGCCAAGGCUCCCCGCCCUGAAGACCCUCAGGCUGGGUUACAGGUGGAGAGUGUGGAGGUUGUCCCCCGUGACAAAGACUCCUCGUUCACAGACAGGCCAAAGGUCAAAACGAAAACCGGCCGCAGCAGCAAGAGCAGCGGAGCCAAAAUAAACAGUAGGAAGCCUGCCAAGCGUGGCGCCUCUGAGAAGAAGACCGAACAACCAGAGUCACAGGGUGGCCCCAAGGUGACUCUGGUGCUGGACUGUAAGAGGGAGAAGUCUCCUAGUCCCAGCCCUGCCCAGGAGGUAGACCAGCCAGCCCCAGCUGUGGUGAAGACCACCAGUGUCAGGACAGAGACCCUCCCGGCCCCUCAGAAGGGCCAAAAGAAGCCCCGGCGCCACUCUCUAGACCCAGCACACAAGGCCAAGCGGGAGUCCUCAGCCAAACCUUCCAGGGUCCGCCAGGGGCCUCCACGGGCCCUGCUGGUAAAGAUAGAACUGAGCCUGCUGUCCAGGGUUCCCUCCCAGGGCUCCAGGCCUUCUUCAGGGGGCCAGGAGCCAGCCAUCAGGAAGGGACCCAACACGGCCCCAGAGAGGGGGGACACCAACCCUGCUGCCCCCAUCCCUACCAAAGUCUGCAAGAAGAGACCGGCUGAGAAGGAUGUGAAAACCGUGCCAAGGAAGAAGCCAAAGCUGCAGAAAGAUCUGAAACCCUCCUCAGGUCCUGGUUCCCGCAAGUCUGAGACUGAGAGGAAGCGGUCUAAGGGGCCUCCUGUCCCUCUGCUGCAGCCCACCACCACUCAGGACCCUGGGAAAGGGCAGGGGGGCCACAAACGGCACGCGGUGGAUGCCCCAGAGCCUAGCACAGCAUCUGCAACCCACCGCAGGGACAGGGAGGCCUCCACACCUGUCAAGCACAAGAAGAGCGCUGGACAACGACGCACUGAGCAUGCCAAGAAAGCCCCCAAGAGCAGCGUUGCCUUCUCCGUGCCUUCCCAGCCCACCGGGGCUGCCCUGUCCUCCAGACCCCUGCUCCAGUUUGAAGACAGGCAGCAGCCAGUGGAGUAUCAUAUGAAGGAAGCCAAAACACUCAAGCACAAGGCAGAUGCCACGCCGGAUAAGGUGGGCAAAGCUUUCAACUACCUAGAUGCUGCCAUGUCCUUCGUGGAGAGCGGCAUCGCUAUGGAAACCGAUCCCCAGACCCCGAAGUCGGCAUAUACGAUGUUCGCCGAAACCUUGGAUCUGAUCAGGUUCAUACUGAAACUAAAGGGCUCUGUGAACCCCUCGGGCCCUGCUACAGACAAGGACUUUACAGUUUUAUGUAUGAGGGGCCUGUCCCUUCUACAGAUGGCCAUGUUUCGCUACAAACGAGAAGCAGCACUUAAGUAUUCAAGGACCCUCACAGAUCAUUUCAAGAGUUCCUUAAAGUCUGCAGCCCAGGCUCCUUCACCGUGUAUCUCAAAAAGCACGGGUACCCCAUCCCCCAUGUCUCCCAUGCCAUCUCCUGCCAGCACAGCCAGUUCUGGGCCGGGCUCCAACCACAGCAGCGGGGCGGGGGCAGGUACCGUCAGCACCGUGGCCAUUCCACAGGUCAUCCAGCAGGUGGCGUCUUCCUACGUCAACAUCACGGCACUCUUCCUGAGUGCUCACGACAUCUGGGAGCAGGCUGACGAGCUGGCCCACAAAGGCAGUGGUUUGCUGUCUGAGUUGGACUUGACUCUGGGCCCGUUGAGCCUGACGUCCACCAUGAGCUCUCUGGUGCGUCACACACGGCAGGGACUGCAGUGGCUCCGACUGGACACCCGUGAGGCACAGUGACCGCUUCUCAUCCCCGCCCCAGCCCUGGCUUGCCCUGUCCACAACAUCAUUUUUGGUUUUAUUUAUUGACGGGCCAUCAGAUGAAUGCAGGAUCCCAAGUCCCUCUACAAGUUGUUCACAUGGAUACCAAGUAACCUUUUAUUUCAUUUUCUCUCAACUACAUAUAUCUAUAUAUAUCUCACACACACACGGAUUACAUGCAUUUUCCGGUUCCCUGUCCUCUGUUGGUCACAUUGAAGGGUCCAUCAAUAAACAACUAUCACAUCCUCUGGAGCUCAGGGGGGGCUGAGCUGAAUAGGACUCCCUCCCUUUCUCAACAACGGGCCACACAGCCAGCUGACUGGCCCUGCCACAUCCCUCUGGGGGUCAGUAGGGGUGUCUCCCCGUGGAAAGCCACACCCCUCUGGGGGUCAGUAGGGGUGUCUUCUCAUGGCCUGCCCUGUCUGUCUUGGAGGUCAGUGAGGGCGUGUCCCUGUGGGAUGGUUGUCUGAAGAUACCUGCUUUUUUUUGGUUGGGGUUCAGAGAGGCCUCUCACCUUUCUCCUGUGGUAAUGCAAAGCAGUGAUGACAAAAAGCUUAUUUAUUAGUCUCAUUAUCAUGAUCUUUAUUAUUAUAUAACUAUAAAUAUAUUGUUUUUUUUUUUUUUUUUUUUUUGAUCAAAAGCGUUGAUAUGGCCAAUGUUUUACUUCACAGCCAACUUAAAAAGGUCCUAUAGAAGUGAUCUAUCCAUCCCAGACACGUCUAUAAUAAUACUGGUCGAAUUCGGCAGGAUAUAGUUUAGUAUGUCUCUGCUCUACCAUAAAGUAUUUAAGUGACUAGAUGCAUUGUCCUGAAAUAUGGACAUCAGUAUUCUUGAAUGGAGACGACAGAUGGUCCUUGAUGCUUUUUGUGGAGAUAUAUUAUUAUUUUUCCCAUUUUUCUCUUCAAAAGAGAUGGAUUCUACGUGCCAGGGCGGGUCCACUAUGUUCAAUCAGUCAUAACAGAAAUAUGAUUUGAGUUGGAUUUCGUACUUCCUUUCCCUUUUUAUCAACAACUGUUCAUCUGAGAAAUUUAGAUAAGAAACCAAAUAGUCUGAUUUGACCAGUAGCACUGGUCCCUACUCUUCAGACAGGAAGCAGGAAGUAACUACCUCAUCUUCACUGCACAUGGGAAGCAGAGCAACGCUGUCUGAUGGUAGGGGAGAGAGGGAGGGACUGUGGCCUAAUGUGAUGGUUGUGAGGGUUUUCUCUAGUGCUGCAAUCUAUUCAGCAUACAUGCUUUUUAACACGCAGGCUGAAGCUGCGCAUCAAACCAGUUUUUAUACAGACAUGGCAUCGUUCAGUAGAUAUAAAAGUGCCUUAGAUGGGGUUUUUUAAGGACACUUGCGUCUGUCUUCCCAAAUGGAAUACUUAUUGAAUAUAUCAUCAACUUGUAUUGAUCAUUUACAAAGCAAGUCCCAUUAACUGAAGUCAAAAGUGGAUUGAGUAUGUGGUAGGAGUUUUGAAAGCAGGAGACUCUUCCCUUUACUAACAGCCAUGACCGUUGGAAAUGAUUCACUGUAGGACUGGCAACCUGUGAGGAAGCGUUGACAGGCUGUUUUGUUUACUUCCUCUGCGUAGCUCUGGUGUCACAUCCUGUGCGUACAUACGAUAACAGCCCAUGUCAUUUGAAAAUAACACUUGUCAACACAUCUAAAUGAUUGCUGGGGUUUUUUCUCCGUACGGUAGUCGAAAAUUACAGUUUAUGUACCACACAGGUUAGCAGAAGUGACUGGGCAAAUGAUUGGCUAAAUCUUACAACUGGCCUUUGACCCUAUUGCCCAUUGUAUCUCUUCAGUACCUAUUACCACCAUUUUUAGACCACACAACUCCCUAGAUGACAAGACGUCCCAAAUGGCACCCUAUUCCCUAUAUAGUGAACUAUUUUUGACCAAGUAGGCUACUAAUAUAGGGUCCAAUUUGGGACACAGUCAAUGUCUCUAGGGGAGUAUUAAUUUUUAUCAUGGACAUUUAUCUAUUCGUGGAGAUCAAAGAUUACCAGACGAAGACGAUGCCUUUCUGUAGAAUGAAUUGAUAUAAUUUCCCUUUUUAAAGCGCCCUGUUCAAUUUCUGUAGAAUGAAUGACUUGGUGUUUUGUUUUUCUGAUUUCAAAAAGGUGGUGGUUUGAUGGUAUUACAAUUACACACUUGUAUUUGAUUAAAUCAGUGGUUUAUUUAAUGUUUUAACGGAUGUUAUUGAUGGCGAAAUACUAGUGAUCCUUUAUUAUUUUGUACCAGUCAAUCAAUAUUCUGAUAUUUAAGCCUAUAUACAACCCUGCCUCUCUCAUUUCAGCAUUAACAUAACAAUGCUUUACAGCAAGAUUAAACAACGUGUAUCAUUUGCACUUGUUUCAGUGUAUUUUCGGUUUCCUUCAGUGUUCUCCUCCGGGUUGGACAGAAAAGACAACUUUGACGUGUCACAGUCCUCUUGCUUGUCGUAAAGCUUUGGUUAAGAGCAAUAAAACCGAGCGGUAAAUGCAAAACAAUACAUAGAACAUUUAAUAAAAUACUGUUUUUGAUGAAAGAUUGGAGAUUGGUUUACAUCACCAUGCUUUGCUUAAAAUUGACAAAAUCUGUGCCGUUUAGUUAAUUGAAUUGUUUUAUUGUUACUAUACUGUUAAAAAAAAAUGGAGCUCACUGGAAAAGCUAUUUCUAUUGGCUGACAAAUAUAUAAGGGCUGCACAUGGAACCACAAAAGAAAAAUGGGUUUGUAUUUAUUUUAUCACAAAUAUGAACCGUAUGAAUAGAGUAUACUGGUACCAUGGCUUUAUAAAUAUAUAUAUAUAUAUAUAUAUAUAUAUAUAUAUAUAUAUAAUUUUCUGCUUUUUUUCUCCAAGGUAGGCUGCUUUGUAAGUAAUCAAUCAUACUUUGAGUUACCCAACUUGGAUGUCAAACUGCACAUGAAAUGAAACGUUGUCCUGUUUUGAGACGACGUUCUACGUUUUGUACUUACUAAAACGUUGCUCUGGUUUCUAUGUCAUGUUACAUGUCCUUUUCAUAUUUUUGAAGGUUUAUUGUCAUGCUUCAUUUCAAUCUUUAAAAAAAAAUAUGUUGCGUUUCAGUUGUAGGUAUUCUGUGUGUAUAAUUAUUGUCCAUAAAUAUAUGAUAUCACACUAAAAGGAACAACAUCACCUUGGUCAUUUACUGGGAAAAUGUGCAGAAAUCUUUUGUAAUUAAACUUUUUUGCCUUGUGGAAAUAUGUAAAUAGUUUGAGCUGCAAUGUACAGAGAUGUAUAAAGACUGAUUGACAAUGAAUUUUGGUUUUCUUUGACUCAAGUUCCUUUCCCCCAAAGAUGCUGUUUUGCAGACCUUUUUGUAGCUUGGCUGCUGUAGCUGAAGAUGAAUUGUUGAUAAUGUUUUAACUGGCUCAACAAUACAUCUAGACCAGACCUCUGUACUGUAAAAUGUUUGAGGCAAUAAACUUUGGGGAAAAUGUG